AUGAAUGGCACUGACAUGGAGGAAAUACCGUUUCAGAAAGUCAAAACUCGGCGAAAGAGGAGCCACUGUCCGCCGGGGGUCCCCCUGACCACCAUCGCGUGCGAGGACGAGUUCGACUGCAAGGAGCUGGAGUCCCUCUUCCAGAACUACAAGCUGAAGCUGGAGCAGACGUCCACCCUCAAAGCGCUGGCGGUCCUCAUCCUCAUGACGUCCGCGCUGGCCGUGCUGGAGCUGCUGUCCGGCCCCAGCCUCAGCAUCACCAAGGGCUCCCAUCCCGUCCACUGUGUCAUCUUCGUCUCCCUCUUCAUCGUCACCAACGUCAAGUACCUGCAGGUGACUCAGCUGCAGCAGAUCAUCAACCUGACCUUGCUCUUCGGCUUCACCUUCUCCUUCCUCUGCUGCCCCUUCUCCCUCGGCGCGAUGGGACUGGAGCCCCCGACGUCCCCGGAGCAGGGCGUGUGGCAGCUCAUCCUGGUCACCUUCGUCGCCUAUGCCCUCCUGCCCGUGCGGACGCUCCUGGCCGUGGUUUUGGGGAUCAUGGUCUCCAUCUCGCACACCAUUGUGACCGCCACGUCGGUUACAGCCAAGACCCAGAAACUAUGGAGAACGCUGGUUGCCAACACGGUGCUGUUCACCAGCGUCAACCUGUCAGGCCUGUUUGUGCGCAUCCUGACGGAGCGGGCCCAGAGAAAGACUUUCCUGCAAGCACGCGGCUGCAUCGAGGAGAGACUCCGCAUGGAGGACGAAAACGAGAAACAGGAGCGCCUCUUGAUGAGUCUGUUGCCCAGGAAUGUAGCCAUGGAGAUGAAGGAGGAUUUCCUGAAGCCUCCGGAAAGGAUCUUUCACAAAAUCUACAUCCAGCGUCAUGACAACGUCAGCAUCCUGUUUGCAGAUAUAGUAGGUUUCACCAGCCUCGCCUCCCAGUGUACGGCCCAGGAACUGGUUAAACUGCUAAACGAGCUGUUCGGGAAGUUUGACGAGCUUGCCACAGAGAACCACUGUCGAAGGAUUAAGAUUCUUGGGGACUGUUACUACUGCGUGUCUGGCCUGACCCAACCCAAGACUGACCAUGCCCACUGCUGUGUGGAGAUGGGCCUGGACAUGAUUGACACCAUAACGUCAGUAGCAGAGGCCACCGAGGUCAACCUCAACAUGCGCGUGGGCUUGCACACGGGUCGGGUGCUGUGCGGCGUUCUGGGCCUCAGGAAAUGGCAGUACGAUGUGUGGUCGAAUGACGUGACCCUGGCCAAUGUGAUGGAGGCGGGAGGACUACCUGGCAAAGUCCACAUCACCAAGUCCACUCUGGAGUGCCUGAACGGAGACUACGAGGUGGAGCCCGGCAAUGGACACGAGAGGAACGCCUUCCUCCAAAAACACGAAAUCGAAACCUUUUUCAUUGUGCCAUCUCACCGACGGAAGAUAUUCCCAGGAUUGAUUCUCUCGGAUAUAAAGCCAGCCAAAAAGAUGAAGUUCAAAACCGUGUGUUACUUGCUGGUGCAACUUAUGCACUGCAGGAAGAUGUUCAAAGCCGAGAUUCCCUUCUCCAACGUUAUGAACUGUGAAGAUGGGGACAAGCGGAGGGCGAUGCGGACGGCCCCAGAGAAGCUGAGGAAUCGUACUAAGGCAAACCAGGCCAAUGCCGUACAGAGCAGCCCCAGAACCCGAAUCAACCGCUACAUCGGUCGGCUGAUCGAGGCCCGUCAGACUGAGUCAGACACAGCUGAUCUCAACUUCUUCACCCUCAUGUACAAGUGCUCAGAGCGUGAGCAGAGGUACCACCAGGUUCCUGAUGAGUACUUCACCAGCGCCGUGGUCCUCUCUCUGAUCCUAGCUGCAUCGUUUGGCCUUGUCUACCUUCUCAUCAUCCCACAGGGCACGGUGGUGCUGGUCCUACUUGUCUUCUGCAUCUGUUUCCUAGUAGCUUGCAUCAUGUACCUGCACAUCACUAGAGUACAGUGCUUUCCAGGGUGCCUGACCAUUCAGAUCCGCACUGCUCUGUGUAUUCUCAUAGUGCUCUUAAUCUAUGCUGUGGCCCAGGCCUGUGUGGUGGGCUGCAUGCCCUGGCUGUGGGGCAGUGCCAACUCCAACAGCUCCAUCGUCAUCGAGGCGGGCGGCAGUGCCAACCACACCACGGCGGAGUUGCCCUGCGAUGGUGCCCGCUAUGCCUUCCUGUCUUGCGUGGUUGGGGCACUCACCUUGGCACUCUUCCUGCGUGUCUCUUGGAUGCCAAAAAUGGCGCUGAUGCUCUUGCUGGGUGUGCUGUAUGUCACCGUGCUGGAGCUCAGCGGUUUCCGCAAGACCGCAGGUGGGGGGUCUUUCCACCUCCGGGGCUACGAACCCAUUCUCUCCCUGCUGCUCUUCACCAGCGCCCUGGCCCUCCACUCCCGGCAGCUGGACCUCAAACUACGUCUAGACUUCUUGUGGGCUGCACAGGCGGAAGAGGAGAGGGACGGCAUGGAGAAGGUCAAGCUGGACAACCGGAGGAUUCUUUUCAAUCUUUUGCCAGUACAUGUGGCGCAGCACUUCCUAAUGUCCAACCCCAAAAACAUGGUGAGGCUGCCAACACCCUGGCCGACACACAAACUGACUAAAAAUCAGAUGGACAGACAGAAAGAGAAUCAGGAUCUAUACUACCAGUCCUAUGCACAAGUAGGCGUUCUGUUUGCCUCCAUCCCAAACUUCAAUGAUUUCUACAUCGAGCUGGACGGCAACAACAUGGGGGUGGAGUGUCUGAGACUGCUGAAUGAGAUCAUCGCUGACUUUGAUGAGCUCAUGGAUAAAGAGUGCUACAAAGACAUAGAGAAAAUCAAGACCAUCGGUAGUACAUACAUGGCAGCAGUGGGUCUUGUCCCCACCGUUGGAACCAAGGCCAAAAAAUCGGUUUAUGACCACCUGAGCACGAUAGCAGACUACGCCAUCGAGAUGUUCGACGUCUUGGAUGAAAUCAACUAUCAGUCCUACAACGACUUUGUCUUGAGAGUGGGUAUCAAUGUGGGUCCGGUCGUGGCAGGAGUGAUCGGAGCCAGGCGGCCUCAAUACGACAUCUGGGGGAACACGGUCAACGUGGCCAGCCGAAUGGACAGCACCGGAGUCCCCGGAAAGAUUCAGGUGACGGAGGAAGUUUAUCGCUUGCUCAACACCAACUAUGACCUGGUGUGCCGCGGCAAGGUCAGCGUCAAGGGCAAGGGAGAGAUGCUCACCUACUUCCUGGAAGGCAAAGUACAGGGCGUGGGCACGGCAACCACCUCCUCUGUGAUGCGCUCUGUCAGCCUGGCACGCCGGAUACACUCUUGUGGUAAGGCCAGUGCCCCGGCCAACCUGGGCAGCGCCUCCUCCGCCGCCAGCCUGAAUGUCCAUGCCAGCGCGGGUGGUGCCGUCCAGAUGGGCGCUGCCAACAGCAGCGGCAGCCAAGCGACAUGCCUGCCCUCGCCCUGCGUGGCAACGGUGGGCGAAGAGGAGGAGGAGGACAUCAAGGUGACAGACAUCGAGAUCGAGGGUGUGGCAGCUGCUGCAGAUGUGGCCGUGUGA